UGACCUGACUUGAAAGCAAGAUGGCCGCCGAAUGUUUGCUAACUUGUCGCUGCGGCUGUUUUACGCUGUAAAUUUCCGUUUAGAGCGACGUUUACGGGUCUUUGUCUGUCCAAAAACACGUCACAAUAUCUGCAGUAACCAUGUCUAUGCGGGAGAUCAAGUUAUGUUUGUUAGGGGACUCAGGAGUAGGAAAGUCCAGUCUGGUGGUCCGGUUUGUUACAGACACAUUCACAGCUAAUCUGGAGAGCACCAUCGGGGCCUCCUUCAUGUCUAAGACCCUGGUGGUGAACGACACGUCUUACAAAUUCCAGAUCUGGGACACGGCAGGCCAGGAAAAGUACCGAGGCCUGGCUCCCAUGUACUACAGAGGUGCAGCAGCUGCUAUUGUGGUGUAUGACAUCACCAGAGAGGGAAGUUUCCAGACACUAAAAGACUGGAUCCGCGAACUGAAACAGUAUGGUGCGGACAACAUCGUUCUGGCCAUCGCGGGAAACAAGUGUGACAUGGAAGACCUGCGAGAAGUGUCCACGAGAAUGGCGUCGGAUUACGCGGAAGAAAACAACGCCAUCUUCUUGGAGACCAGCGCCAAGACUGCACAUAACGUGGCUCAGAUGUUCACCUUAAUCACUCAGAGACUGCCGUCAGAAUCCCUCCUACCGCAGGGCCUUACUGAUUCAGGGUCGAUACAGCUGCAGAAAAGAGUGUCAGCGUCUGCCUCUGGGAAGAAGAGCUGUUGUAAACAGUGAUGUCUUAAAAUGUAUCCUCUCCAAGCAGACGUUGGUGGGGAAAAUCGUUGUUUCUUUGUUUGUCCCCAUCUGGGAUUGUGGGACUGGAAGCCUGGGUACCAUCUGGGUAGUACUUUGCUCCUAUGUUCACUUCUGCUACCCGUCUGGGAACUGCACAUUAAAGUCAGUUAAUGAGCGAAUGAAGGACUGGGUUCUUGAGUGCUCAUUAGAACAGGCAUUCCAAUACCAAGUGGACGAAGGGCGUUUCAGGUGUUGGAUCACCUGUUCGAACAAGCGCGUGAACCCAUUCUUUAAUUCGUUCAUGAAUAGGGACCAAUCAGCGCCCUCGUCCAAAGUUUGGAUGAUUCCAGACGUUAGAGAUGUCAAGGUUCCCAAACAGAAUAGCAGAAAAGUGAGUGUAUGAUAUUGAUAGACGUCAAAGCAAACUAGUGUCCGGAUGGUACCCAGGCUAUGGGACUUGGGACCGCUGACAGAAACUAACGACAUAAAAGGAAAAGGUCAUGAUUUUCCCCAUUGACCUCUGCUUGGAGAGUAUUGAAGUGCACAAUCUUACCUUUGGAAAAUGUCAACAGAGAGGCUUGUUUUUUUUUUACAUUGUUUGUUUGCACAAAAGCAGCUUUUACCACAGUCAUGCUUGUACCUUGCCGGCAAAGUCACACUUUUAGACCAAAAUCUUUGUAUGACUAUGAAUUUUAUGAGAAAUUGAUUUGAAUAUAAGGGGAAUUUUUAAGCAUAAGUGGAAUGCUGGAAUGGUUUAUGCAAUAAGAGUAAUGCAAGUACAAUUAUGAUGAAUAUACUUAAUUUUGAGAUGCAAUAUUCUAUUCUAUGCUUAGCUAUUGUGUUCAAAACAAGAAAAACUGAAAUAUUUUUAAAUUAGAGUUAUGAAUUUCACAAGAAAUUGAUAAGAAUUUGAAUAAGUGGCUAAAUUAUUUAUCCUAUGAAU